UUGUGACGUCACAGCCGCGCCUCCCUCAGGCACUUAAAGCGACACUCACUCCGCUGUAUCUGUCAGUUCACCAGCGCUUGAAAGCCGCCGAUCCUUGAAUGUGGAGGCGGAAAUGCUGGAGAAGACAGCGCCCCACUCGCUACAAGGAAAGCCCGAGCACGUGUCCAUGUCCGUGAUCUGAUUGGAUACAUCGCCAUGACGUUCCGAGCACUGUGACGUCAUUCACUGGCUCUCAUUUUGGAAGGGAUUCAGUCGGCCAUCGCAGAUACACCAACAGCUUCGCUCUGGGAAGUGGCCGUUCACCUGCUCCGUGUGUGCGAAGAGACUCAUUCAGUUCACCCACCUUGUGAUGCUCCGGUUAAAAACGGACAGGAAUUUGUCUCCAGGAAUCUCAAACACGACACGCCAGUUUUGUUGUCUCUGUCUAGAUAUUUAAGAAGUGGAGCAAGGGAUCCUAUCGACCAUCCUUCCUGCUCAGACUGUGGGGAGGGAUUCACUCGGUCAUUUGACCAACUGGCAAGCCCGGCAUUUUACACAGGAGAAAGGCCGUUCACCUGCUCAGACAGUGGGAAUUGAUUCACUUGGUCAUUUCAACUGAAGGUACAUCAGCAAGUUCACACUGGGCAAGGCCAUUCAUCUGUUCUGUGUGUGAGAGAUUCUGCCGGGCAUCCCACCUGUGGACACACCAGUCAGAUGACACUGGGCAGUGGCUGGUCAUCUGCUCAAUUUCGGGGAAGGGAUUCUCUCAGUCAUCUGACCUAAUGGCACACCAGCGUGUUCACACCAGGGGGCAGCCAUUCACCUGCACAGUCUGCGGGAAGGGAUUCACUCAGUCAUCCCACCUACUGAGUCAUCAGCGAGUUCACACUGGGGAGAGGCCAUUCACCUGCUCAGAAUGUGGGAAGAGAUUCACUCAGUCAUCCACCCUACAGAGUCACCAGCGAGUUCACACUGGGGAGAAGCCAUUCACCUGCUCAGUCUGUGGGAAGGGAUUCACUCAAUCAUCCAACCUACUGAGUCAUCAGCGAGUUCACACUGGGGAGAAGCCAUUCACCUGUUCAGUCUGUGGGAAAGGAUUCACUCAGUCAUCCAACCUACAGAGUCAUCAGCGAGUUCACACUGGGGAGAAGCCGUUCACCUGCUCAGUCUGUGGGAAGGGAUUCACUGAUGCAUCCCACCUACUGAGUCAUCAGCGAGUUCACACUGGGGAGAGGCCAUUCACCUGCUCAGUCUGUGGGAAGGGAUUCACUCAGUCAUCCCACCUGCAAAGUCAUCAGCGAGUUCACACUGGGGAAAAGCCAUUCACCUGCUCAGUCUGUGGGAAAGGAUUCACUCAGUCAUCCAAACUACUGGUCCACCAGCAAUUUCACACUGGGGAGCGGCCAUUCACCUGCUCACCGUGCGGGAAGGGAUUCACUAGCUCAUCUAAACUGAAGGUACAUCAGAGAGUUCACACCGGGGAGAAGCCAUUCACCUGCUCAGUCUGUGGGAAGGGAUUCACUCAGUCAUCCACCCUACAGAAUCAUCAGCGAGUUCACACUGGGGAGAGGCCAUUCACCUGCUCAGAAUGUGGGAAGCGAUUCACUCAGUCAUCCAGCCUACAGAAUCAUCAGCGAGUUCACACUGGGGAGAGGCCGUUCACCUGCUCAGAAUGUGGGAAGGGAUUCAUACUGUCAUUUUACCUACAGAGACACCAGCGAGUUCACACUGGGGAGAGGCCAUUCACCUGCUCAGUCUGUGGGAAGGGAUUCACUCAGUCAUCCAACCUACUGGUACAUCAGCGAGUUCACACUGGGGAGAAGCCAUUCACCUGUUCAGUCUGUGGGAAGCGAUUCACUCAGUCACACCAUCUGCAGAAUCAUCAGCGAGUUCACACUGGGGCGAAGCCGUUCACCUGCUUAGACUGUGGGAUAGGAUUCACUCAGUCAUCACAACUACUGGCACACCAGUCAGUUCACAAUGGGAGGUAGCCGUUGUUAUGAAUCCCUGGGUUUCGUUUGCUGUGGACUGUCAUUUUAAAAGAGAGAGAGAGAGAUUAAGAAGGUGAAUCAGCCUGACUUGCAGCUGGUUUACAUCGUGUGCAGCUUGUUUAGUUUUAACCGAGGACAUAGACACUCAGAGUCAGAUGGAGACGGAGGAAAAAUGGAAGGAUCAAAACCAGGGAACUAGGGGCCAAGUGUCACCGUUUGGAACUUUCCUAUGCCCACAAGGGUGGGUUAAUUAUCGAUUUACCAUACAUCGAAUGUGUGGUUGUCACCUUGUUUGAUCCAUAGGAGUGGAUCGGAUUUGGCGCAUCCUGUGAAGACCACUUAUGUGUUAACCCUUGCCGGCUGUGGUGUGGUUGUUCACUUGAAGACGACACACCUUGUGACAAGUCACUUUCAGUGAUAAUUUGUAUGUGGAUUUGGAGCGAUGACAGAUAAAAUCUACAGUUACUGUUCUCUUGAUUUACCACCAAAGAACCUGUGGAAUUCUACAUAUUUGCGUUUUUUCGCCAUUUACCCUGGAUUACAAAUCUCUCUCUCUCAUCGCCUAUACUGUAGUCGAACUGAACUUUCAUACUUUACCAUCUCAAGACUCUAAGCCUUGUUUCCCCCAAGCUCAAUUGUUUGGGAGUUACAUUUACACACAGUUAUAAACUUAACAUUGUUAACUUCUGUUUAUCUUGUUUAAGUUGCAAUAUUACAAGUAGAUUCUAAUAAGGAUAGAUUUAGCAUCAAAACCAGACUCCAGGUGUAGUCUAUUGCUGCUGGUUUGUUUCUAAAGCAUUAUGGUUCAUAACAAAUUUGGGGCCUGCAUCUGGGAUAUGAACAAAUGUGGGGUCUAUUGAUCGAUUAAAUAUCAAUUUGAUUGGGGAAAUCCCUUUUGACUUAUUUGUGUGUGGAAAUCAGCAGCAAUGGACAUUUAUAAAUUUCUGGAAUCGCCAACCCCUGAGGCAUCAGGAAAAGCCAAAAAGAAUGAAUUACUGACUGUUGCUAAUGGGUUGAAUCUUAAGCAGGUAAGGGGGUGUGAAGGACCAGGGCAAGCAUAAAACUGGGAAAGGAGGUAAAGGAAAACCAAUAGGGAUUUUAUAAAAUAUAGGCAUCCACCCCCUUUUUCAGAGACUGGGAUCCCUGUUUCUACCGGUAAUAAUGUGCAUUUCAAUGUGUUCACUCAGCCCUCGAUUCUCUAAAUGAAAGGGUUAUCCACAUUUGAUCUUUCUUUAUAUGAUGACCCAACCAUUUCAGGGAUCAUUCUAUUGAAACUCCAUUGCACUCUUUAUAACAAAUACUCUCUAACCACUUUGUUAAUCCUCUGUGCAACAAAAUGUGCAUCUUCCGCAGCCCCAUGUUGCCCCAACCACUCACCUCCUGAACCUUUCAUUGGCCCCACUUGCACGUCAACCAUCUGCCGGUGUUUUCCCCCUAAUGUGAAUCCCUCUGCUCACCACCACUGUGGGCUCAGACAUUUCCGCAGAUUUCCACCGGGACAAACAUCCUGUCUGUCCCCUCUCACACCAUUUUUUUUCCUUUCAAUAAAAUCGCUCCUCUCCCUCCCCAAGGAACUGGCAUCAAACCGACAGGCCGAGCGGUCUCCUACCUCUCGACGACACAUUAGCCUUCGGCCGCAGGAGACGCUUCACAAACGCCCCAACUUCCCUUGGAGGGAAAUGGAACUAAAUCAAAAAACGGACAUUUACUCGACUGUGAUGUGGAGUUUGAGGCUGGGGCGAGAGUCGAAAUCAGCGGGGGUAACGCCCUCUGGACUUGUCCACCUCUGCGAACUGGUGGUAACAAGUGAUUGACAUCGCUUUGCACCAGAGGGAAUAGAGCAGCCCCUGAAUCCUCUGUUGACAGCUGUGGGGGAGGGCUGGUCACAUGAUUAUUAGCCCAGCUAUUAAACUGAUAAAGCCCGAGCUCAGCAACACAUGGAUGACGUAAGACGCUGUGCACGUAAGGGCAGAUCCCGGUGUGGGUCGCCCAUGAGUGACGUCAGGCACGAGGGAGGUCUGUGCGACUUCACCUGUGGGGAUGCACUCCCAUUUAAAUGCACCUUAAUGUGCGUUUCUUAUGAUUUCAGAGGGAUAACAACAUUAAUCACGGGUUUCAUUACUGAAUCCACUGUUGUGAGGUGUAAAGUCUCCUGUUAUGUGUCCGGCUGGGCCUUGUUGGUUGGGGGCUAUUGAUCUAUUAAUUAUCUAUUUGAUUGGGCAUAUCCCUUUUGAUUUAUUUGUGUGUGGAAAUCAGCAGCAGUGGAUAUUGAUAAAUUUCUGUAGGUUGGAUGACUGAGUGAAUCCCUUCCCACGUACUUCCUCAUCCAGGUCAUCCACUCUUGGUCGUUCUGGAAUCAUUCUUUGACACUUCUCCGGACCCACUCCAAUACGAACACAUCUUUUGCUCAGAUAAUAAGUCGAUCCCAAUACAGGGAGUGCCAAGCAGACGGGCUGAGUAAGCGGCUGGACCACUCUGGGGACUGCAGAGACUGACCAGGUGCCCAAUAGGAAACUGGCAUGGAGUCAAUGGAAAUAAGGCAAACAAGUAUUGAGGUCAUGGAACCUAUACAGAUAGAAGAGGAGGAGGUGCUUGCUAUCUUGAGGUUAAAACAGGUCCAUUUCAUGAAAUAUAAACAAGAAAUAAAAAGAAACUGGAAUUACCAGAAACACUCAGCAGGUAAGGAACAGCUUACAAUACAAUUCAAUUAAUAACAUUUCAUCAGAAUGACUUCAAACAUUUUCAGUUUUUAGUGCAGAUCUCCAGCACAGCUGCCUGAGUUCCACUGAGUAACAGUGAGGGGGGAUUUCCAAACUCAGGGUCUAUUUCUACUGUUGUAAACACAGAACAGCCCAUUUACUCACAGCCUCUCCCUGUGAGGAUGGAAUGGGAACUCAUCCUCUCCUCAGAUUGUCAGUCAUUGCUUCCAAAGGAACUCCAGAAACAAACAUCUGAUCCCAGACCAGAAAUACUCACUCAACACUUCCCAAUCCCAAACCGCUCGUUCCCCGGGUCCAUUUUACCUGGAUCGAAAACUAUGAUAUUCCAGGACCAAACUCACAGAGUCACACAGCUGAAUCUGCCACUCACCGACACUAAGAGUCUCACACAUUGUCCCCACAUCUCACACUGGGUAGUGCAAUCCGGGAUUUCCCCACAACCAAUGUCCAGCUGCUCAAAAUUUCUGCUUCAUUGCAGGACGAUCAUCCAGCCCCAUCUGCAGAAGCUCAAAACAAAGUCAAGCCAAAACACCAACAGUUCCAUUUGCCUGGAAAGCCGAUCACAGGAUUAGAGCCCAAGCACCAACUCUCCCAGUACUCUUUGCUGCCAGUAAAAUGCUGCACUGUGCCAGUCCAUCACUGAUCAUAAACUAGCACCUCCACACCAAUGCACAACAGAACUGGGACCUGAUGACCCUCCUGCAUUCCAGCUAACAAUAACCGAUACUGGAAAUGACUCAGCGAGGCCAAAGGUACAAAAGAACACUUCACAAUGAAGACAAGGGUUAGAAAAAGUUUGCUGAUAUAUAACAUUGAGGAGGUGGGAUACAAGGCGGACUGAGGAUGACCCAGAUGGUUAAUGUAUAUCACUGAAGCGGGGUUGCAGGGUGUGAGGAGACUGAACAGAGGUUGAACAAGAUGAACAGAUGGAACCAGGUGGGAGAAGGGAUCAAGGACAAUCACUGAUUGUCCUCCAGCAACACAUAGGUACUGAAUGAAUAGUACAUACUAUUGUACAAAAGAUUCUAAAAUGACAGAAUUGGCAAAAAUAACAAGAACUUUGCCAGAUAUACUUUGACCCUCACCAGAUUUUUAUCAACACACCAUAGAAAGUUUCCCAUCCAGACACUUCACGUUUUGCACAGUAACUGCUCCAUCUGUGACUGCGAGGAAAUGCAGAGACCUUUGGAUACAGAGCAGCACAUCACAGACACCAUCCUCCCCCCGAGACUUCCCAGUCCCUCGGUAAAGCAGGCAGUGAAAUCAAAGAUCCCCACAACCUGGGACGUUCUCCUUUAUCACCCACCCCAGUCUGGGAGAAGACCCAACAGCCAUAAAGCUCCAGGACAAAUGUGAGGAGCCUCAGGAAGCGAGGCGAUUUCAGGGAAGUUAAUGGGACUCAGUGGCCAACAUCAGAUUUCCCCAACACAACAUGGAGGAUGCGUGACCACCCACCUGGAGAUUGUGAACAUGCACAAAGAGAUCGUAACAUCUAUGGUUAAAUGGGAGGGGCAAAUGGGAUCACGUGACCAGUGGGGUCUAGCACCCCAGGCAUAGACUCCAGCUUCCCAGCAUUCUGUGAAAAUAAACAGACGCCCCUCACAUCUCCUCUCACCUUAAAUGUGUCAGACAUUUCUAACCCCCAGGAAAAAACAUACCCUCUGUCCACUCUAUCUAUUCCUCUCGUAAUCUUAUAAACGUCCAUCCAGUCUCACCGCAGCCUGCACCGCUUUGGAGAAAACAACACAAGUUUGUCCAGCCUCUCGUUAUAGCUCAUGCCCUCUAAUCCAGGGAGUAUCCUGGUAACCCUCUUCUGUGCCCUCUCCAAAGCCCCGACAUCCUUCCGAGAAUGGGGGUGACCAGAACUGUAUGAAACACUCCAGUUGUGGUCUAACAAGUUUUACAAAGCUGCAACACAACUUCCCGACUUUUGAACUCAAUGCUUCAUCUAAUAAAGCCAACCAUGUCAUUUGCCUUCUUAACCGCCCGAUCAAUCUAUGCAGUCUCUUUCAGGGAGUGAUGAACUUGGAGUCUAAGAUCCCUCUGAUCAUCGACAUUGUUCGGGGUUUUGCAUUUAACAGUGAACUGUCUCAUUCAUUCAGGGGUGCAGUGCUACCAGAGCUCACCGGAGCGCCGCUCCGACACCUCUGGAAAAAAGUCAAAAUAAGCAAGUACGGAAUUUAACAACCCCGGAUAUUAAAUAGAGGGAAUUUUACGGAAGCGGGGGUUGGAAAAUGUUGGCUGGUGGGGAAAAAUACCACUGAUAACAUUAAGAUAUUUGAUCGUUUUUUGUGAAAUCCUGGAGCUGUGACUGCUUUUUAUUUAGGUAUUUGUGAAAUUCCUUCUCCCUCGACCCAUUGUCCUAGGAAGCUGGGAAAUAGCUGGACACGAGUCUGAGCAUUCUUCCGCUCUUUCCAAUGGGUACCAUUGGAUACCAUGAAGGAGCUAUAUUCAGCAAGGAAUGAACA